AUGUCUUCGUUCGCCAAAAACCAGAGGGACGAAGUUCCUGAGUAUGUGACUCGCAUGGAGAAAGUUCCACCGCCAUUCCUGCCUCCAAGGGCCGCAUACGGCAUGGAUGGUAGGUCAAAAGGCCCAUUUCACAGUGCCCUGCUAACAUUCACAGGACUAACUCGCGCAGUGAUUGCUUGGAUGCUGGACAUCAACGUCCGGGCAAGUGUCAAAAGACGCGAGUUUGAGCGAACAUGGAUCAGAACUUGCAUGUACAUCAAGCACUGCGAGCGUAAGCCUACAGAUCGCAUUAACUCAAGACCAAAAGCUGAUCUUUGGACAGGUAUCAUGGACUUAAAUGGCAUCCCGUAUACGCCAUAUACCAACGAAGCUGGUGGAAAGUUGACCUCGAACUCGAGGGAGGGCUUCAGACCCCAUAUGGCAUCCACGAUGGUGACGCGGGGACCUAUCCUUAUUACAGGCCCCGUCAAGGACGAGAGCGAGAUCUCCAGGUGUGUCUCCGACACUCAGACAAUGGACUUCAAGCUUCACGAGCUGGAAAUCAUUCGGUUCAUGGGAAGAGUCGACUUGGAGACUCUGACGGAAUUCAAUGAAUCAACGAGGGGGGACGCCUGUAAUAGGUCAUAG